AUGUUCGUUCGACAUAUUAGCUUGGUUCUCUUGGCGGCUGCGCAAUACACCUUGGGACACCUCCAUUCUCGACAAAAUGGCACGACUCAGGAUCCCGCAGUACUUCUGGCUCUGGGAAUAGAAGCUCUCGGCGGGCGUGAAGCAAUUUCUUCCCUCCAAAGCCUGACAUACGUCGGCGAAACUAUUCUCAGGGGAAGAACUUUGAUGAUGGGAAUAUCCGUCGCGGGUGUGGAUAAUGCUGCCGUAACAGCAGGCCGACAAAACAUUUCUUUUGCCUUUGACGAAACACACGUCAAGCAACGCAUUGACAAGAUCGCGGCACUUGGGCCCGGAUGGACCUUCGGAAGAGCCAACCUCAUGCCGAUGGACUUUUCCAUCGUUGCCGAGGGUGGUGAAAGCGGAUACGCAGCUGUCACUAGAGGCAGCUACAACUUGUACAAUCCCUCCGGCGAGCCCCAGGGUUACCUCGACGGCCUACUUGCGUCCUACCUGAUUAGCGAAGCGUACAAAUGGCACCCACUACUUCUUUCCACAGUAUGUCUUCGUCGUGGUUACUUUGAUGAUUUACCUAAUCGCCACAUUAAGAUCCUUUCCAACAACAAAUUCACAUCUCGGCAAGGGGAGACGGGAGCAGGAAUAACGUUAGCAGGAGUUCAUGACGAUACGCUCGAGUUAACAGUCCUGUUCGAUCCUGCCACGAAUCUCCCUUACAUCAUUAGAUCCUACGAAGACCACCCCUUUUUCGGCAAAUCAACACAUGACCUUCUCGUUCACGACUAUGCUGAAGUCAACGGGGUCCAAAUACCUCAACGAUUCAAGACCAUCUACAACGGCAAGCAUCUUAUUGGAGACUAUCGCGCUGAUCAGACCAUCAUCAACGAUAGUCUACCGAGCGACUUCUUUGCGGUACCGGGCAACGGGACUGUCCCCGAAUCCAGCAUUCCAAAUCGGGACGUUCAAUACAGCUUCUCAGAAAUUGGAGAAACAUCUGCAAACUUUCUCUGGCCGGGUGCCUAUACCGGAACAAAGGAGUCCAUCGCAGCUUCGAUUUCUCAGCCUCUUCAAGAUCUACCUGGGUUCUGGACCAUUAGCCCCGGCGGUGAUCUAGGGAUGCGGCAAGGUUUGGUUGAGCUUGAGGAUGGGUCUGUUAUUGUCUUGGAUGCUCCGCCGCAUCAGAGCAAGCUCGUCAUUGAGUGGGUUCAGACAAAUCUUGGAAAGAACAUAACACAUGUCUGGCCUACUCACCAUCAUCACGAUCAUGCCUUUGGUGUAGUAGACUAUGUCGCACAAGGCGCAAGGCUCAUUGUGCCUGAGCAUGCCGCGGGAUACUACACUACUGUCCCUGGAGAGCAAGUAGUCUCUUAUCCACGUGGCGGUUCCUAUGUGCUCAAAGACAGCAAAUUGCAGCUUGCUCUCGUUGACAUGGAAGCCACUAUUCACGCUGAGGACCAUGGCUACGCCCUUGUUAUCCCAUCUUGCCCAGUUGAGACAAGCUCGUCGGCGGUUUUUGAUGCGGACCAUGGAAACUUGGCGUUUAUUGAAACGUUUGAUCACGCAGCCGUGCAGGAGCUUCUCAACUCUCUCUCUCGAGACAAAGUACCAGGCAAUGCGCACUUCUUCCCCUCGCAUGGCCCUGCAGGUAAUAUCACAGACCUGAUCAGCGUUUCCGGGUUCAUGUAUCCAUCAUUCUCUCCCAAGGAGUUUGUCCACAGCCAGACGACUUGCUGA